AUGUCCAAAUUAGCUUUGAAACUCAUUCUUUUCUUCCAAUUAAUUUUUUUAACCCACUUUAUCGCUAAAAUCGGCGCAACUGGAUCUUUCCUCGUUGAUAAUAGCCAUUAUCAAGAUAUCAAUGUUUUUAGAUCAAAUACUACAAACGAAAUUUCGCAUCAACCUGUUACAGACCUUCAUCUAAAAGAUCCAGGAUCAAAUAAACUUGAACUCGACGAUCAUGAACUUGAAUCAGACUUUCAACUAAAAGAUCCAGGAUCGAAUAAACUUGAACUCGACGAUCAUGAACUUGAAUCAGACGAUAUUGAUACGUUAUUGGGAGAUGAUGACGACGAUAUAAAUGCUGCACAACGUUUAAAUAGAAGAAGUAUAAACCUAGCACGACGUCGAUGCCGAAGAACUUGUACUGUUUUCGUCGUUUUAGAAGACGUUUCUCGAGGGAGGGUCGAAGUAGAAGGGGAAGGAGUCCAAGAAAAUAAUUGGAAAGAUUCAAUAAUUUUUUUAGAUGGUAGACUGAGAGACGAAGCAAAGUAG